UAAAUGGGGGAGAGGGAGUGUGCGAGUGUGUGAACGUUGUAAUAAUCUUUUAGAGCAUUGGAUACCAGGAGGCCCAUUUUUAUUUGAUUCUAAAAUUAAAACAAAGGUUUCAAACACGAAGGGGAUCUCUUGCUGCAAAAGUGGAAUUCCAAAAAUGUGGCAAAGAGUGGAUUUAUCCAAGAAAAUCCUCCCCAGCGUUGGGGGUUUGAAUGCGAGAUUUAACGGUUUGAGGAAGCGACACAUUGGAGGUGAAACAAUUGGCUCGCAGCGGACAAAGAGAGUGUCCCAGCUGCAAAAGGAUGCGGUCAGCGAGGCUGUGAGUUACGAUCUCUCGACCGCGACAAAGGAAAGUUGGAAAAGUACCAAAAGCGGGCGAGCCGUGCGCGCAAAGGUGAAUUAACAUUAAAAGCACUGGCAGCGCGUCGAGCCGUAAAAUUAAUUAUUGUUGCGUGCGUGUGCGAUGCCUCAUUGAGGUGGGCAUCAGCGGACGCAUCUAAACCGGGAACUCUCUCGGUCGCAAAUGGUGACAGUGAGCAAAUUAUGUGCGAUGAGGGAAAAUGGAAUGAGUUGCCCGGCUACAUGUUGCAUUUCAUUAAUUCAACCGUAAAAAGGCUUUCCCGUGUUGAUAUUUGAAAAUGCAACCAUUAUCGCUGAAAAAAUUAUUUUUCAAGAGCCUUUUGUUAUCAUUCUCCCCGUCUCAUUGUAAAUCACUGAGAAUUUUUUUUUCGCUGGAAGUUGAAGGUUUGUUACACAAUGAUCAAAAAGACGGUUGGAAAGAGUUUUCCGCUCCUCUGGAGGUUUCUUCCACACGACUGAAUACAGUUUCUCUUGCACGCAUAGACAUGAUCCCCGAGGAACCAUUUCGCCAAGUUUGUUGUCGUCUUUUCCUCUCCUUUCGCAUUUUCAUUCAACUCGUCGCGGACGGAGAAUUGCUUGCAUGAUAUUUACAUAAAUCUCAGUUUCGAUUUCAAUGAAAAAUAGCUGCGGGCGCGAUGAGCAUAUAGAUCGAGCGCUCGUUCCCAGAUGCAGCGUUCGCUCCUCGCAUGUAUCAAAAUCAAAAUUGCGGCUUUGUUGUGUGAUGGAUCGACACAACAGACAGACAAGCUGGAUUUAGCCCGCGCAAAUAUAAAAAUCGUGCAGCACAUCGGUUAAAUUAUUUCAAACUAGGUCGGCUCUGAUGCGGAACGGAACCCCGUCACAGGUGCCGAGAGUGCAGAUGACACAAUCCAUCCUAUUUCCAAUCAGGUGCGGUGUCAUCGAAGAUCUGCCUCAUUGUUACUCACUCUGGUAUCGUCAUUUCUCGCCUGUUUUCCUCCUGCGAUCACAUAACGUAAUGAUACAAUUACGGUUCGUGGCAUCAUUGCAUCAUAAAUAUUUAUGUGAGCUGUGCUAUGCCCGACAGCUUGAUGGGAGCAGCAAGUUUGAUCACCAACUAUAUUUUUGCUGGCCGCACAAUUUGCAUACAAGCCUAACAACAAAACAAAGAAUUGUUAAGCACAAAAGAACAUCAAUAAAAUAUCUCAUGCGUCGUAUGUAUUAAAAUUAUUGUUUUUAAAUUUUAAACUGUACUAGAAUUCUCUAAAAUUGAAUUGCUUCAAAUAAAAACCAUAAAUUUACUCUGGAAAUGAGAGCGUUUCAGUACUAUUUGCUUUCACUCAACGGGAAUCGCAGCAAAAAACUAAAUAAUCAACACACGAGGAAAAUAUACGGUUGGCUGCUCUAACUUUGUUUUUGUUUAGAGUUCAAUAUUGUACCAAGUGAUGUUGAUGUGCUGAACAUCGUUUUUAUGAGCUGGAAAGAGAGGUGACUUUGCAUUGUGCUGCGGAUGAAAAGGGUCCACUCGAAAUGUGUCGCCGAUUUUCCGGGUGGUUGAGGGCCACAAAGUCCUUUUAGUAAACGAGAAGCGUGCUGUUCGGAUGCUGAUUAGACCAGGAUAAAUUGCAUGGGAUAAAGAGAUCCCGCACGCACCAAAAAUCACACACAGAGCCGUGGCUUUUCUAAAAUGCUGUGGCUCGAAAUAGCACACAAUCGACGAGCCGACGACUUAUUUAGUCGGCCAUCGAGCUUUUUUUGCGCUCAUGCCAGGCAUGCGAGUGACACACCGCAAAAAAUCAUUUAUGAGCCAAAAUAAUGGAAAACCACUAUUAAAUUAAGUAGAUUAGAAAAACAGAUCCGCUAAGACUUUAUAUUUUAACUUUUGAAAAUGGUAUGAUUUUUAAUGGAAAAAAAUGACUUUUAAACUCGACACAACCAACUAGAAUGAGUUACGUGUGAAUUUUAAAAUAGGAAGUGGUGGCGCUCUUGAUAAACGAAGAGGGGCAUGAUACGUCAUAAAUGCAGCGUGUAUCAGCUAUCAGUUUGUUGUGUUGCUCGUGAAGUGCGAUGUUUGGAAAAUACUACGUUUUAUUUCGCUUUUUGUCUUGUUAGUCUUUAUUUCUUGCAAGAAAUGCUCUCCAACAAAGAGUUCUUUUUCCUGUACACUAGCGUAUUUCUUUGCCUUCUUAUAAUCUCAAAUCACCUCCUCUACAUAAUAUGGACAUCUGAUUUAAAUAUUGACUCGUCCUUCGAUUUAGAGACGUUUAGUCUGAAUCAGUCGACCACUCCUGCUAAAAACAAAAUAUCACGCAUGUUCAACUUGACACCAAUGCUGAAUAACUCGGAAAGGUUUCACGAAGAACUGGGAGAGUAUGUUAUUUUCCUUAUUAUAACGAAACCGCCAUUCCGUCUGCAGCAUCGGUUUGUUUGUUGUCUGGAGUCUCUCGUCGCACUGAACCCAGAGACGUCCAUCGUAAUAUUGACUGUAGGCCCCUACGAAAAAUUUGGCCUCAAAGGGAAUGAGGCAUUUGAUGAACUUAUGCAAAAUUCAACCAAUUUGUACUUGUCGUCUGUCGACGUCUCUGAGGUUAUAAGAGACACUGUCUUGGAAAAAUUUGUGGGCAGCAAUAUACAGAAUGGUGUGCUGCGCAAACCAGCUCACCUGAGUGACUUUCUUCGUAUGUGUCUUUUGUGGAAACUCGGCGGUGCUUAUAUAGAUCUCGAUUUGCUCAUUAUUAAAAAUCUAUCUCCAAUAUUGAAAUUAAAAAACUUUCUCACGUGUGACGACGAUGCUCAUUUAAAUAAUGCUUUUUUUGGAUUUGAGAAGCAUAGCCCAUUCCUGAUGAAAUUCAUGGAAACAGCUCGGCGGAAAUUUGAUAAAAACGACUACCCUUCAGUGGUUAAGUCAUUCAACAUUGCGUUUGAAGAGGCCUUUGACAUGACAAUUGAAGAAGCGGUCAAGCGACGUCACAUCAAUGGUCUUAUUCAUGUGCUUGAUCACUUUGUGGUCAGUCCAGCGAGGCAUUGGGAAUACAAGCUACUUUUUCAAAAAAAUAACACAGGCUUCUACGAGCAUGUAAUAAAUGUAACUUAUGGAUAUCACACGUGGAACAGUAAUUCAGGUCGCGAUAUUCAAGAUGUUAAUUCAACUGCUCCCUUCUUUGUGGCUGCGAGGAAAUUUUGCCCUCGCUCAAUAGAGCUCUCUGGAGGAAGGAUUUAAAUUUUAAAAUACAUGUAUGUUUUGAACCUCAUUUUUCCGCAUUUUUCCAAAACUCAUGUUGUCUGCAAAUUGUUUCUUGACUUAAUAUUAGAUAAUUAUAAUGUU